CAAAUUCUCCAGCAAAAACCAACUCGGUUUGUACCACAAAAACAAUAUACUUUGAUUGGAUAGUGGCAAAUUCGGCACGCAAGCUGAAGCUGUAGCAAUGGCACCGAAAAAGAUCAUCAUCGAUACCGAUCCCGGUAUUGAUGACAUUCUUGCCCUACUUUUGGCAUUUUCUGCCGAGCCUGAGGAUGUUCAGGUUUUGCUAAUCUCGCUUACUUUUGGUAACAUCGAGGUGAAAAGCUGCCUGCGCAAUGUUGUCUCCAUGUUCCACAUCCUGGAGCGGGAGAUGAAAUGGCGUCGAGAGCAAGGUCGGCCAGAAGGUUUUGGUACUCUUCGCGCUUCUCCUCCAAUCGUUGCUGUGGGUGCAGAGGAUCCUUUGGAGGACCAAAAGAUGCUUGCAGAUUACUUCCACGGUACGGACGGCUUGGGGGGUAUUCAUGCCAGUCAUCCCCACCUCACCCCCAAAGAAGCUUGGGAGCAUCUCUUCGACCCUUCCUCUGAUUCCCGCGAGAUCAAACCUGUCCCAGAGGGAGAUCCGGCUCAUCGCUCAUUCAUUCCUUCCAAGCGUCCCGCACACGAGGAGAUUCUCCGUGUCUUGAGGGAGAAUGAUCCUGGCACCGUCACUCUCGUGGCAGUCGGUCCCCUUACUAAUCUUGCAUUGGCAUCUGCUGCUGACCCGGAAACUUUCCUCCGCGUCAAAGAGGUAGUGGUGAUGGGAGGAGCAAUCAACAAACCUGGAAACGUUACCCCAGCUGCAGAGUUCAACGCAUACGCUGACGCUGUUGCGGCAGCAAGAGUCUAUGCUCUCACGUCCCCAUCCCCCAGAAGUACUCUGCCGCCCGCAACGAGUCUCCCCGAAUAUCCUCCGAGCCUUAGCAAACAGCUCACUCUUCGCACAUUUCCCCUCGAUAUUACGCUGAGACAUGGUGUGACGCAAGGCCAGUUCCGGCAAAUAAUCACGCCGCUUCUGGAGAGUGGAUCGCCUUUGGCUGAAUGGGUGUCUGCCUUUAUGGCUCAUACCUUCCGUACACUUGAGAGACUGCAUCCGGGGCACGUGGGCGAUGCCGCGGACCUUAGUCUGCACGACCCCGUAUGUGUCUGGUAUGCUAUGACCGCAGAAGAUGACGGAUGGAAACCUUCAGCGACGUCACCAGAAGACAUUCGCAUUGAAACUACUGGUCAGUGGACGCGGGGCUUGUGCGUUGUCGACCGACGGAACCGGCACCGCAUCGAGGCCGAUGAGGAGAGCGCAAGUGAUCACGGCCUGUGGUUAAGCCUGAGGGCUGGUAACCGCGUGUGGAGAAUGGAUGGCUCUCCGGUGGAAGACACCUUUGGUGAGGUGCUUCUUCAGAGACUGUUCACUUGAGGUAGUGCCGAGUAGACUAGGACUGCACCACCCAGCCACCACUGGGGUGCAUUGGGAAUAGGCAAUCUGUCAGCUUCCGGUCCCGUCAAUGUCCGAUUACUAUCAUAUCAGUCAAGCGGAAAUAUAUCCUGUUACUAGCAUUAGUCUGUUGGAAUUCAAAGCUGUUGGGGUGUAAGCCAACGUGACG